UCGCUUGGUCUCAGUUACCGAGCUGCAGCAGCGUCUCUGCAGCCACACAGGCAGCAGCAGGCUGGAGCGCAGGAGCUGCAAGCCAGGGAAACUUUUUACCGCAACUUUGCAUUUUUCUCUCUUGUCUGUUGCGGGUUUAAAACGAAGGAGCAAAAAUGAAGACGGCUGCCAAAGGUUUUGGGAUGUCUAUAAUGGAUCCUUUACGUCGUGAGGGCUGGUGGAGCAGAAGGAUAGUGCUCUUGGUAUAUGUGGCCUUGGAGCUUGUAGCAAUCCAUUCACCUCUGGUCCUCGGGACGCUUGAGCUACAACUGGAUGAGGAACAACCGGCGGGCACGAUUGUGGGUGACAUCAGCGCUGGACUUCCCCCUGGCAUCACGGCCUCCUUGUAUUUCAUUUCAGACCAUGAGGGCACAGGAGUUGGCAGUGAUUUGGACAUAGAUGAAAGCACGGGCAUAAUUAAAACUGCUAGAGUUCUGGACAGAGAACUGAGGGAUAGAUAUAACUUCAUUGCAGUCACAGUGACAGGCGUGACGGUGGAGGUGACUAUCAGGGUGAAUGACAUAAAUGACCAUGCCCCGAAGUUUCCCAGAAAAAGGGCCACUUUUAAAAUUCCAGAGCAGACGGCGAUCGGCACUCGGUUUCCUCUUGAGCCAGCUGUGGAUAAGGAUAAAGGCCAGCUCACAACGCAGGGCUACCUUAUCAAGGACGGAAAUGUUGGCCAAGCGUUUACCUUGGAGACCAGGAGGGGAAGCAGUGAGGUUCUCUUUCUGGACUUGGUGGUCAAUGCCAUUCUAGACAGAGAGGAAAGAUCCACCUAUACCUUAUCUUUGGAGGCAUUUGAUGGCGGGUCCCCCAAAAGAACCGAUCAGAUGACAUUAGACAUCAUCGUACAAGACAUUAAUGACAACGCUCCUGUUUUCAAACAGAGCCGCUACCAUGCUAUUAUUACUGAGAAUCUUCAACCUGGAAACAACAUCCUGCAGGUGUUUGCCACAGACGCUGAUGAAGGGGACAAUGGGAUGGUGUUGUAUGAAAUAAACAGGAGACAGAGUGACCCAGAACGCUACUUUGUCAUAGACUCUCACUCUGGCGUCAUCACCCUGAACAAGCCUCUUGACUUUGAGAUGAAGAGAGUCCACGAGCUGGUGGUCCAGGCGCAAGACAAUGCAACCCAUCCAGAAGUCAGCAAUGCCUUCGUCACCGUCCACGUCAGAGACUACAAUGACAACCAGCCCACCAUGACCAUCAUCUUUCUGAGUGAGGACGGAUCUCCCAGAGUGUCGGAAGGGGCGCAGCCGGGACAGUACGUGGCCCGGAUUUCAGUCACCGAUCCAGACUACGGGGAGUACGCCAAUGUCAACGUUUCACUGGAGGGUGGGGAUGGAAAGUUUGCCCUUACCACAAAAGACAACAUCAUCUAUCUUGUUUGCGUGGAUCAGAUUCUGGACCGGGAGGAGAGAGACAGCUAUGACUUGAGGGUGAUGGCGACAGAUUCGGGUACACCUCCCCUCAGGGCUGAGUCCUCCUUCGUAAUUGAAGUGACUGACAUCAACGACAACCCUCCUCUGUUCGACCAGUCUGUGUACAGACAGGUUAUCCCAGAAGUGGUUUUCCCAGGCAGUUUUGUGUUACAGGUAACUGCCAGAGAUAAAGACCAGGGACCCAAUGGGGACAUUAGCUACAGCAUCCUGCAAGACCAAAGUGGUUACCACAGCUGGUUCAGUAUAGACUCUACCACAGGCAUCAUCACCACUCUGUCCCAGCUGGAUUAUGAGAAGAACCCCAGUCCCAGCAUAACUGUGGUGGCCACAGACGGAGGAAGCCCACCCCUUUCUUCCACUGCAUUGCUGAACAUCUUACUUCAGGACGUAAACGACAAUGAGCCUGUUUUUGAGAAAAACCUCUACAAUGUCUCCAUCAAAGAGAACACGGCUCAAGGGACCUGCAUUCUUGAGGUGACUGCGACAGAUGCAGAUGGCGGCUCCUUCGGGUCAGUCACCUACUCCCUUGGCUCUGGCAGUAACGGUGCAGCUCCCUCUCCUUUCACUAUUGCCAAGGACACCGGCCAGAUCUGCACCAACGCCGCACUAGACAGAGAUCAAGGACCAGACAGUUUUGACUUCACUGUUACUGCCGUGGAUGGGGGUGGACUGAGCUCAGUGGCCUAUGUGAAGGUAGAUCUGAUCGACAUUAAUGAUAACAGACCCGUUUUCUACCCGCUCAGCUAUGUUGUUAGUUUGAGCACACAGAGCGCCCCGGGGACAUUUGUUGUAAGAGUGACGGCCCAUGACCCAGACUCGGGUGAAAAUGGCAGAAUUACAUACAAAACUGUACCUGGAGGGGCCUCCCAGUAUUUUACCCUCAACAAAGACACAGGUGUCAUCUCUCUGUCUCGGUCUGUCUAUGGAAAGGCCAACUCCGUCAUUCCCAUGGUUAUCUCCGCUCAAGACGGCGGUGGUCUGUUGGCCUUGGUCAAUGCAAAGGUGAACAUUAGCGUGGUGGCUGGGCUAGUGGCUCCGCCUGUAUUCGAGCAGACUCAGUACUACUUCACCGUAUCAGAGGAUGCCCUGAGGGGGACAGUGGUCGGCAUCGUCCAGGCUAGCAGCAAGACAGGGACCUCCAAGGAUAUUUCCUACAGCAUCAGCUCCGGGGACCCCGAGGGCUACUUCACUGUCGAUUCUGACACUGGAACCCUAAGAACCAGUCUGCCCCUGGAUCACGAAUCCCUGUCAGCUCUUGAUUUGGAAGUGCAGGCCCGUAGCGGCAACCCGCCGGCCUUCGGCCAGACUCGUGUCCACAUCAGCAUUGCGGACAUCAACGAUAACCCACCUGUCGUCCUGCCCUCGUCCACAGAGACUCUGCUGCUGCCAGAGCGCACAGAAAUGGGCACGGUGGUGUACCGGGUCCAGGCCGAGGACAAGGACUCGGGAGCCAAUGGGCAACUCAGCUUCGACCUUUCCCCUCCGAGUGGAGCCCAGAGGAUUUUCAACAUAGAUCGCAACAGCGGAGAAAUCCGACUGGUGGGAAGCCUCUCCUACGAAACUAACCCUCGCUAUGACCUCCAGGUGAUUGUGAAGGAUAAUGGAGUACCGCAGUUUAGCGCCACCCUCGUGCUAGUGGUUCACAUCCAAGCCGAGAACGACCAGGGACCCGUGUUUGAUACCCUCACGUACCGAGUGGAACUAAAAGAAGGGACGUCGAUAAGCACGCGCUUCCUGCAAGUCAGGGCUCUGAACAGAGAGAUCGCGGGCUCGGGUCACUUCAGCCCCCCGACGUAUCACCUGCGUCCAGAUGGAGAUGCCGCAGGGUUUGGCAUCGCCGCUGACAGCGGCUGGCUCUUUGUGAAAAGCGCCCUGGACAGGGAGGUGAAGGACAUGUAUCUCCUAACAGUGCUGGCCAGUGUGGGCUACGGGCAGUUAAAGAAGACAGGCAGUGCCACGGUGCGGGUAUCCGUGACUGAUGAGAAUGACAACUCUCCUCGGCUCACACAGGAGAGAGUUUUCAUGGCUGUGAGAGAGAACUUGCCUGCGGGGACGGGGUUUGGCCACGUGUUAGCCACAGACAGAGACAGCGGCUCCAACGGACGCAUCAGCUACUACUUUCUGCAUCCCGAACGCCACUUCCAGAUAAACACCCACACAGGUGAAAUCAGUACAAGGAUGACUCUCGACAGAGAGCAACAAUCGAGUUACCAGCUGGUGGUGGUGGUGCAAGAUGGAGGUUCACCCCCUCGUACUGCGACAGGCACGGUCUUCAUUACCGUCCUGGAUGACAACGACAACGCCCCUGCUUUCAGCCACAGUCAGCCAGGAAAAAGCAUCACUUUACAGGUUACAGAAGGUCAGUCGUCUGGGGUUUUGCUGGGCACACUGCAAGCCAAAGACCCCGAUGAAGGAGAGAAUGGCACAGUUUUCUACUCGUUGUCAGGCCCCAGAGCUGAGCGUUUUUCCUUGAACGCAGUGACUGGGGAGUUGCGUUCGUCGUCUCCUCUUAGCCACUCAGAACGAGCUGAGUACUCUCUGAUGGCAACAGCCACCGACAGAGGAGUCCCCCCUCGCAGCGCCUCCUGCUCCCUCAACAUUCAGGUUCUCAGCCUUAACAGAGUUAUCACUACGAGAAACUCACACUCCAUAUCCUUCAACUCUGUGGAGGAGGCCAGUCCCGGCUCCGUUAUUGGCUCCGUUCGCCUCCACGACAGAGGAAGUUCAGAGGAAGGCAAGGUGACCUACACAGUAGUGGGGGGCACAGAUCGAGAUGGGACUUUUGUCGUGGACCAUCUAAACGGUGAUGUCUACCUGGCUCGUCCUCUCGACUACGAACAAGAUACACGCUACAACCUUGAGAUCGAGGUGGACGACUUCUCUCAGGUCCCUCUGAGUAGCACCCUAGUCCACGUAGACAUCGACAUAGAGGACAGCAAUGACCACACCCCUAAAUUUGCUGAGGACCCCAUCACCAUUGUCAUCUCUGAGAACACGGAGGCCGGUUCCUCUGUGUAUACUUUCCAGGCCACAGAUAUGGACGGUAGUGGACCCAACAGUGAGCUGACGUACUCCCUCCUCCACCAAUGGCCAAACAGUCCUGGGCAAUUAACCCUAGACCCCAUUACCGGCGUACUCUCCUUGGGCCGUGCCCUGGACUACGAGCAAACUCCCACACUGAUCCUGGUGGCAAAGGCAAUGGAUUCUGCCACUGACGCCAGCCGGAGGCGCUGGGGUUCCCUUACAGCCAGGGUGUACGUGACGGAUGAGAACGACAAUCCUCCGGUGUUCACGUCGCCCACGGCCGUCAGCGUGAUGGAGGACCAGACGGUGGGCUUCGUGGUGCUCUUUGUCAUUGCCAGAGAUGCAGACCAGGGGGAGAAUGGAAGAGUGACCUACAGAAUCCAGUCCGGGAACACCGGCGGGACAUUCAGCCUCAACCCUAACACAGGUUCUCUAUCCAUUUUCAAACCUCUGGACCGCGAGGAGCAAGACAUCUUUAACCUCACUUUGAUCGCCGAGGAUCAUGGGAUACCCCAACAAUCGUCCAGCCAGCUGCUGUGUGUCCAUGUGAUUGAUGUCAACGAUGAGGCUCCCUGGUUUGAGGAGAGCCAGUAUGAAUCCCAAAUCUCUGAGAAACAGCCUGCAGGGAUGAGUGUAUUGACAGUUUCUGCCUCCGAUUUGGACCAAGGAAGCAACGGGCACAUAACAUAUGGGAGUAUCUCACAUGGAGCUUUCAGCAUCAAUCCCAUCACCGGCGUCAUAACAACCACUAGGUCCUUGGACAGAGAGUCUCAGGACCAUUACACUCUGACAGUUUAUGCGAAAGAUGGAGGCCUGCCGCCCAACUAUGCCAAAGCUACUGUCAGGAUCAAGGUGCUUGACGUGAAUGACAACGCCCCUGUCUUCGGACGUCUGUACUACAGCGCUGAGGUGCCUGAAAACAUGGAAAUGUUACCACUGUUCACCCUCAGAGCCACUGACCCAGAUAUGGGAGACAGCGGGGAGAUAACUUACAGAAUUGCAGGUGGAGAUCCAGCUGGAGACUUCCGCUUGGACAGGCAGUCAGGGGUUCUGUAUACCUCCAGACCUCUGGAUCGGGAGAAGAGAGCUGGUUAUACUCUAACUGUCAUGGCCCAAGACCAAGGCAGCCCUUCCCUCAGCAGCACCGCCACGGUUGAGGUGACCGUUCUGGACACCAACGACCACAGCCCGCGCUUUCAGAGCAGCAGUUACACCGCGGACAUCUCGGAAGAUGUUCCCAUUGGCUCUCUGGUUCUCGAAGUAAAAGCCGUUGAUUUGGACUACGGACCCAACAGCAAGAUCCUGUACUUCCUGAGCCAGGGUUCCCAGAGCAUGUUCAUCAUAGACCAGAGCACGGGCCGUAUUAUCACGGCAGCCCCCCUGGACAGAGAGAGAGCUGCUUCCUACACCUUUGAGGUGUGUGCCACCGACUCCUCCCCCGCCGACCCGCGUAACUCCACCGUUCAAGUGACCGUCUACAUCCAGGAUGUGAAUGACAACGCCCCCUUCUUCAUCCAGGACCCGCUCAUUGUGAACAUCUCUGCCAGCGGCCUGUCUGGCCGCAGAGUGCUGGCCACCAUGAGAGCGGAGGACAAGGACUUUGGAGCCAACGGCUCUGUUUUUUAUCGUUUCGCUAACGCCGUUAGAGGCUUUGCCAUAAACUCCCUGACAGGAGACAUCCAGGCCACAGAGAAGCUGCAGACUCUGACCCAAAGCCAGAGGACCUUGAUAGUUCAGGCCAUGGACCAAGGAAAACCAGCUCAGUCUUCCCUGGGAGUGGUAAUCGUUUACAUCAGGGAGCAGAGUUACAAGGGCAUUCGCUUCCCCCGCACGGCUAGAGACGUCAGUCUACAAGAGAACGCUGCUAAAGGCACGCUGGUGACACAGACGCAGGCGCAGUACCCAGACGGCUCCAGGACCGGUAUCAGCUACAGCAUUUUCAGUGGAAACAGAAUAGAGUCUUUUGGAAUAAACUCCAUUACUGGUGAAAUAUGGGUCCAGAAACCUGAGGGAAUCGACUUUGAAGAAACCCCUAAACUCCGCUUAGUGGUGAAAGCAGAAACAGCGUCCUCCAGCUCCUACAUGGCUGUUAAUUUAAUCCUGCAGGACGUAAAUGACAACUUGCCACGCUUCCAACUCCAGAACUAUGUAGCAUUUAUAAGAGAGGCGCAGGGAUACGAUUUUCCCAUUAUCCAGGUUACUGCAGAUGACCGGGACCAGGGUCAGAAUGGUCAGGUGACUUACUCUAUCAGGUCUUCGUCCAUGAGUGGUUUGUUUAGGAUAGACCCGAUAACUGGCACCAUCACCACUGCAGCUAUAAUGGACAGAGAGAUCUGGACACAAACAAAGCUUGUCGUUACGGCAACAGACCGGGGAACCCCACGGUUGGCUGGCUCUGCUACCCUUACUGUGAUCAUCAUCGAUCUCAAUGACAACAGUCCCAUGAUUCCUCUGCCUCGGGAGAUCCGGGUUCCUGAGGAUACUCUCAUUGGCACGGUGAUCACCCAGGUUACAGGAAAUGAUGUGGACUCUGGCCCACCGCUCUCCUACACGCUGCACCUGGAUGUUAGCAGUCAAGGCAUGUUUGGGAUUCACCAUUACGGGGGUGGCGUGUGCUUGACCGGCCCACUGGACUUUGAGGAAAGGACGUGGUACACGCUGACGGUCCGCUCAUCCGACUCUAAACAUCACAGCGAGGCCAACCUCACUGUACUGGUGGAGGAUGUGAACGAUAACGCCCCCAUCUUCACCCAAGAUUUGUAUCAGGUAACUGUAUCCGAGCACCUACCUCCUGGCAGCGCAGUCAUAACAGUAACAGCCACUGACCACGACUCCGGGGAGAAUGGAAAGAUUGUCUACAGAGUGAUGUCAUCCACCAAGGGUGUUUUCUACAUUGACCCAAACAAUGGCACUCUCUUUAUAAGUCAAAAGGCAGAAUUGGAUUUUGAACAUCCCUCCAUUUUGGUGGUGAUAGAGGCACGGGAUCAGGGCACUCCUUCCCUGUCAUCCAUUGCCACUGUCCAGGUGGAAGUGUCUGAUGUCAACGACAACGCUCCCAUCUUCCACCGCUCAGAGUACCGAGCUGCCGUGUCUGAAGACGGACUUCCCGGAUUAACCGUUCUGACGCUGGAUGCUGCAGACGGAGACUUGUUCCGGGACAACUGUGGUUUUGAUUUCGCCAUCGCCAGUGGCAACUCCGGCAACGUCUUCCAGAUUGAGAGCAGUGUCCGCUUCAUAGAGGGGCAAGGCUUCCAGACGGUGGGGAGCCUCAUCCUGGUGGAGAAACUGGACUUCGAAGUCGUACCAAGCUAUAACCUGACCGUCGUGGUAUCGGAUCGUGGUAUCCCUCAGCGUAGUUCGAGCGUGGCCAUUCUAAUAAGUGUUUUAGACGCCAACGAUAAUCCUCCAGUGUUCAGCCGCACAGAUUACAGUGUUGUAUUGAUCGAGGGGACCACAGCAGGGACCGAGAUCUUGAAGUUAUCUGCCACAGAUCCAGACUCUUCCUCCAAUGGCGAGGUGCAGUACUUUAUAAACUCAGGAGACGAGAGCCACCUUUUCCAGGUGGACAGCUUUACCGGAGCUUUGAGGCUGCAGAGACCUCUUGACAGCAAAACGCAACUGUCUCAUGUAAUUGUUGUCCAGGCAACUGAUGGCCACGGACAUUAUGCUUUGGCCUCAGUCAGCAUAGAGGUAAAGGACAUCAACGACAACAGGCCCUUCUUCCCUCUUAAAGUUGUAACUGCAAGCAUCAGGGAGAACCAACCCCAGCAUGCCUUAGUUACAAUCCUGCACGCCAUCGACCAUGACAGAGGAGUUUUCGGACAGCUGAGGUACCACAUGUUACUUCCCUCUAAAGAGGGAAGCGAGAACUUCUACGUCAAUCAAACGUCAGGCGAAUUACGGACGCGUUCUGCCUUUGACUUUGAGAAGGUCAACUCCUUCCGUUUCGUGGCUGUCGCCGCAGACGUAGGCAACUACUCUGCCUCUGUAACAGUACAGGUUUAUGUUACCGGAGAAGAUGAAUAUGAUCCCGUUUUCACCUCCUCGGAGGUCUCGCUUGAAGUGCCUGAAGGAGCAAAGAAAGGUGAUGUCAUUGGCAAGGUAGAAGCCCGAGAUGAGGACGAAGGUGUGGACGGCGUCAUCCUCUACUCCUUAUCGGACCUUUCGCCAUAUUUUGAGGUCAAUAAAUCAACCGGGGCGAUUUCUUUGAAGAUGGACGCCAACAAUAGACACACGAGUCGCUCUAAAAGAGAGGUGCGACUAGUUACGCUGGAAGUCACUGCUCACAGCCCUCUGGGGACCUCUCGCACAGCAGUAGCCAAAGUUACCGUAGAUGUGAGCCACACAUCGUUCGGUCUCAGUACAGACAUGAAUAUGCUGCUUAUCAGUGUCAUUGCAGUUUCACUUGGGACCAUAAUCAUGCUGAUAAUGAUAGCUGUGGCACUAUUUUUCGUUAAAUUAAGACGGCGAAAAAGGGAACAAAAAGAGCUUAAACGAACGCCGAUGGCAGGCACUCUGCUGCACAAGUUUGAGGAGACAAAGCUCGCAGCAAAUGAAAUGAUUUACCACCAGGCUCUUCCUGGAUAUGCAGCUGAUCCUAGCGGCAGUAGUGGGGGUCCAUACACGCGUGGGGGGUCCCUGGAUCCCUCCCACUCCAGUGGCCGCGGCUCUGCCGAGGCAGAGGCAGCAGAGGAUGAUGAGAUCAGAAUGAUUAAUGAAUAUCCCCGGGUGUCAAGUAUUUCUUCCUCCAUGCAGGAGCACAUUUCAGCCCGGGGUCCGGACUCUGGAAUCCAGCAGGAUGCCGAUCAGCUGUCAGAUGUGUCUUGUGAGCCUUCCUUAGACUGGUUCAAAGGGAAGAAACUGGGCAGUCUGAAUGGUUCUUUAUUAGCUGGCCAGGUGCCGGUCUACAGGGAUGAAGGGGGUGGGUACGUGGGGGUGGGACGUGGACUCAGCAUCUCCCACCCUAAAGACUAUACCUUUCCCGAGGAUGGAAAGCCUCCUGCGGACGGCUGCCUCACAGCCAUCGUGGCCAGCGAUGAGGAGCUGAGGGGCAGUUAUAACUGGGACUAUCUCCUAAACUGGUGUCCCCAGUUCCAACCCUUGGCUAACGUUUUCACUGAAAUAGCCCGAUUAAAAGAUGAAACCGCUCCUCAUCCUCGCAGGUCGUUUCAUCAAAAAGCAAAAGCAGAGUCAAGAAUCGACCCUCCACCUCUCAUAACCUCCGUGGCCCACCCGGGGGCCAAAACCGUACCUCCAAAGCCCGCCCCGUCAAGGACAUUCCCCCAUUUGGCAUCUUUCCGAAGAUCUCCCCUCAGUGCUGAGGGAUCCAUCUCCUCGGUUGCCAUGUCUCCAAGCUUCUCUCCCUCUCUGUCCCCACUGGCAGCACGUUCUCCUGCAAUUACACCCUUCAACGUCUCACAGGGCCCCUCGGCCUCCAUGAUAAGCACAACCGAGCAUAACUUGGAACACAGUGAAGAGGCAGAGCUGCGGAUUUGAGUUCUGACUGUUGGAUAAAAACUGAGUCACUGCUGUUCCAGACUUGUUCUACUGUAUGACCGCAGGCUGCAACUUGAACCGACUGCUAUCUCUCCUCUGUUCUGUUUGUGAUGAGAACGAAAACACACUGUCACACUAAGAAGUCCGACUUGCUGAAGCUGCAUUCUUGAAGGAAUAAACAAUAUCAUUUACAAGCCAAAAAAAAAAGGACCAUGCCUUUGACUGUGUUUGUAAUAGAAACAUUAUUUUUAUUUUUUAUUUUUAAUUUGCACAUUCAAGUGGAGAUUCAUACAUGAUGUCAAAUUUUGUAAAAGAAUCGCUGUCUAUUUUUUUAUACUUUCACGUGGUUUCUGACAAAAAAGAACAAACUUGGACUAAAGUGUCAAACGGUUGCAAAAACUGCAGAAUAUAUUUCUAUAUUUGUAUAUUUGUAGCUUGUACUGUAUACUUGAUCGUACUGUAAGUUUUUGGUAUUUCCUGUAUUCUCAUCCUUGUGGUUUUAAAACGAAGCUCUUCAUAGAGGUUUUAUGAACUGCGUUUUUUUUGUAUGAGGUAAUUGUAAAUAUUUAUGCUAGAAGAGGCAUCUUUGCUUUAACAAAUGAAGCAUCAGUCAGAAUAGAGUAUUGUGUGAUCAUAUUUUCUGAGAAUCCAGUGUUUGAUCUCACAUCAAAAGGUAAAAAUGAAUGUGAAAAGCUGAAAAAUUGAUGCAUCCCUUCAAAUUGCGCGAAGGAAAAUGGAAGUUGACAUCCGACGGCAUCCACUGAUUCCUUUGGGCCAGGUGUGUUGGCUUUAAUUUUUCACAACAAGCCUUACUGCUUUUUUAUGUUAUAUUGUGGAGGACAUUGUUUGCUCUUUCAGUAGCCCGAUCAUUCCAGAGAAUGUAAACAGCUCUUUAUCUUCUGUUUUCAAUGUAGAGUAACAUUAAAAAAAAGCAACUAACAUAAGCUAUGAAUUGAUGCUCUUGUAAAAUUGAAAUUCGAAGCAGGUUCAUUUAAUUUCUGUCUGGAUAAGUGUUAUUGUAUACAUUUACUGACAAACUGUAAAGAAGUCAUUCUGGGCCAUAUUUCUCUGUCCACUACAUGGAUGAACUAACAAUUGAUACAUUUAGUAUAAAAAGCAAAUAUUUCUGAAUGUUCAAUCACCGCCGGGAAUGUUUAACGUACUGUACUGCUUUUUACGCAGAUGCUUUCAGUAUAAAAUGUUCUUGACCAUAAAUGUGCAACCGCCAGCCUUUAUAAAUAACCUAAUGUGUCACCUUCUGCCCUCGCUUAAUGCUGACUUUUAGACUCUAUAAUAUUGCCAUACAUCAUAAUGCAAUUCCAUGAGGACGGGCCCCAGAGGCGGAGAGGCUUGGGAAAUCAUUUACACUGAUAAUAUACUGAAAUACAUGUCAGCGAUACCUACAUGGUGGAAGGAAGGCAUCUUGUCGUUUGUGCUGUUUUGUAGUCAGCAAGUGUUAAUAACCUGCCACCCGCCUUUCGUGUUUGUCAAUGUGGAAGAGAAAUUCCUCCAGAUGAUCACAGAUAUCAUUCAACACUCAUCGAGAAAGAUGUUUAAAGCAAAAAGUGCCUAAUUAAAGUACUUGUGAUCCUG